AAAUUUACGCAUGAUAUAUUAAUUAUCGAUGUUAUGAUCGUGUUGUGAUCGAACGAUUAUAAAUUGAAUCUUGCGGAAUUCCACUCGGCGAUCUCUAAAGAAAUGGCAUGUAAAUCGAGUGUUACAAUCUAUAAGUAUCAUAACUGGCUUCAAAUGAUGGUAUCCCACCACCUGCUGCUGUAACAGGAUUUCCAUCGGCGACGCCAAAUAUUGCAUCUAGCUUUGUGCCACCUAUUAUGCCUGCGGCACCGUUUAUUCCCCCUCCCAGUUUACCGCCAGGUCCUCCAGGUAUAAUGCCACCUCAGUUUUCCAUACCUCCGCCAGGUUUUACUUUUCCUAUCACCGCGGCACCUCCUCAAGAAGCUGGAGUCAUAGCUGCAUCACCGCAAAUAACAGCAUCAGGAAUUCCUCCUCCUUCACCUAUCAACAGCGAUGCCAAUGCAUCAACAAUGUCUGCUUCCACAACAGAGAAGAAGACAGACUGGAGUGAGCACAAGGCACCUGAUGGCAGAACAUAUUACUAUAACAGCGUAACAAAGCAGUCGUUAUGGGAAAAGCCGGAUGAAUUGAAAACUCCAAGCGAAUUGUUGUUGUCACAAUGUCCUUGGAAAGAAUACAAGUCAGAAAAUGGCAAGGUGUAUUAUCACAAUGUAAAUACUAAGGAGUCCAGAUGGACAAUACCGCCAGAGUUGGAAGAGCUGAAGACGCGAAUUAUAGCCGAGGAAGCUGCGGCGACUGCUGCAGCGGUCGUGGCAAAUGCCACGAAUUCCAACAUGGCUCCUGUAGCAAUGCAACACUUGUCACCGAAUGUCCCGACUAUAUCGCAAACCAGUACGCCGGAAUCAGGAGGGAAGUCGGCUAUCGAGCAGGCGAUGGCUGCGACCCUCGCAGCAAUUAAUAUUCCGACGCCUCCCACGAAACCGGACGAAGAUAGUAAUUCCGCGAUGGGUUCGACCAAUGACAGCCGCACCAGUACACCCGAGCCCAAAAUGCAAUUCAAGGAUAAGAAGGAAGCUAUCGAGGCGUUCAAAGAAUUAUUGAGGGAGAGGGAUGUUCCAUCGAAUGCCACAUGGGAACAGGCAGUCAAAUUGAUUCAGAACGAUCCUAGAUAUCCGCAGAUGAAGAAAUUAAAUGAACGCAAGCAAGCCUUCCAUUCGUACAAGACGCAGAAACUGAAGGAAGAGCGCGAGCAAGAAAGACUCAGACUGAAGAAGGCCAAGGAAGACUUAGAACAAUUCCUAUUAGAAAACGAUAGAAUGGUAAGCACGACUAAGUAUUACAAAUGCGAAGAGAUGUUUGGUAAUUUAGAGGUUUGGAGGGCGGUUGGGGAUUCGGAUCGCCGGGAUAUCUAUGAGGAUGUUAUCUUCAAUUUGGCGAAACGCGAGAAAGAAGAGGCGAAACAAUUGAAGAAGAGAAAUACCAAAAGAUUGGCGCAAGUUUUGGACACUAUGACGGACGUGACGUACAGGACUACAUGGCAGGAGGCGCAGGCAUUGUUGCUGCAGUAUCCUGCAUUCGCGGAAGACGCAGAUUUGUUGGAGAUGGACAAAGAGGACGCCCUAAUUGUAUUCGAAAACCAUAUCCGCCAAUUAGAGAAGGAUGAGGAAGAAGAAAAAGAAUGCGAAAAGAAACGUAGAAAACGGCAAGAGAGGAAAAACAGAGAUGGUUUCAUAUAUUUACUCGAUGAACUUCAUGAACAAGGCAAACUCACAUCGAUGUCGCUAUGGGUAGAAUUAUACCCUAUGUUAUCUGCCGAUCUUCGAUUUUCGGCUAUGCUUGGACAAUCAGGCUCAAGUCCGCUGGAUCUUUUCAAAUUCUAUGUUGAAGACUUAAAGUCUCGAUUCCAUGAUGAAAAGAAGAUCAUUCGCGAGAUACUCAAAGACAAAAAUUUCGAGGUGCAAGUGAAUACAACUUUCGAAGAAUUCGCUACGGUCGUAUGCGAAGAUCGAAAGUCCGCAACUCUAGAUGCAGGUAACGUUAAAUUAACGUAUAAUUUAUUGUUGGAGAAAGCAGAGGCACGUGAGAAGGAACGUGUCAAGGAAGAAACGCGGAAAUUUAAGAAACUGGAGACUGGUUUCAAGAAUUUGCUGAAGACUUUGAACGUAGACUAUCAAAUGGCAUGGGAGGACGUGAGGUCGAAAAUCGAAGAAGAACAAGAUUUCAAGGCGAUCACCUUGGAGAGCGAAAGAAUACGAAUAUUCAAGGAAUAUCAGCAUGAGCUUGAAGAAAGUUGCAGUCAUCAUCAUAUCAGAAGUAAGAAGAAAAAGGCGAAAAAAUUGAAGCGCAAAUCACGAUCGCGUUCGCACAGUGAAUCGGAAGGUAGCGAGAAAGGCUUGAGAAGAAAGCGACACAAGUCACAUUCACCCAGUAUUCCUAGCAAGUCUGAUAGUUCCGAAUCGGAAACGAGGAAAUCCAAGAGGAAGAAGAACAAGAAGAAGAGAGGCCGCAGUCAUUCCCGCUCGCACUCCGGUCUUCCAUCCUCUGAGGAAUCCCCGGAAAGGAAACGGAAGGAGGAGAAGCACAGAAGACCUUCUAUUCAUAGUGAAGGUUCUGUUACGGAAAAUAACGAACACCACGAACUCUCCGAGGACGAGCUGGAAAAGCAAAGAGCACAACUUCUACGCGAGCUCCAAAUGCAACAAGAGGAGAAUUGACGACUUCGCAAAGUGCAUUUCACAAAUGGGUUUUCAAAAAUCUGAAAUAAUUAUUUAUUCUCUCUUUGAUGACAACUAUUUCAGAAGAUGUGAGGUCUUGUUAUUUGGACAUCUUUAUUAUUUCAAGAACUGAGGAUGUAUUAAAAGAAACGAAUAAUGAGUUAAAUAUCAACAUGCUCGGUUUCAAAAAAAGAUUGUAAUUUUAAAAUAUGCAUCUAUAUACGCGUGCAAAUAUUCACAUACAGUAAACAACGACGACGUUUUGAUUAAAAAUGGAUCACCUUACAUAACGCAUUCUAGCCUUCUAUUGUAUAGGUGAGCUUUUUUUAAGGGUGUAUGACUCGUCUUUUUUUUCUUGUUCUUUUCAAUGACUUGUUCGCACUAUUCUUUGUGAUUAAAAGUAAUGAUGCGUGACGAAUGCGGAGUAUAUGCAACUCGAAAUCUUCGUGACAAGCAUUACUGGAAUACAAUAGUGUUUGAUUCUCUUGUCGGCGUUAUCAAUUACUUUAACAUGUAAAUCAAAUCUUUUCUAGUACUAUUUUUAUUUGUGCUACAGUCGGAUCAAUCAUAAGAAAAAUCGCUGCAAUCAUUAAGAUCGAAAUCGCUUGUAGUAUAGACAUUCUGAUAAGAGAAAAUUAGUAAUUUGCAUUUGAAAUGUGUGCAUUAGUAAUGCGCACCUAAAAUAAUUGACUGUAUUAUAUUUUAGUAUGAUAAUUAUAUAAUAUUUACUAUUCUUUUUUUCUGUUUCAUUUUUAUUUUGUCGCACGCUUUCUCUGACUGUUUACUCUUGAAAAUCGGGAAGUUAGAACUGCAUUUAAUCUCCUUAAUGUUUCUUUAGUUUUGACAUUGAAGUUUUACAUGCAACUGAAGAGUCUUGAAUUCUUGAAUGUAUGUUAGACUGGUACAAAGAUCUCUUGUCUACGUUAUAAUCACUUGUCCACACGCCGACACAUUUGGCAUUUAAACACGGUUGUUUGCAACGAUGUACGUGCGAGUCGGUAGGUAUUAUUAACAAUUCAACACCAGGCAGUCUGACGCUCUUGACGAGUUCAACGACGGAAGCUUCCUGAAAGUAUAAGAGGAAAAAAAGAAGAUAAUUUGUAUCGAAAAUUGACGUAAAUUGUAUUCAUUUCGCAAAUUGAAUCACUAUUUAAGAUAAGAGAUUGGCUUUCAGUUUCCUCGGAAUUAAAUUUUCGUCUGGUCUUCCCUUAUUUCACUCAUCCUGUACGAUAUAAACGCGUUGCAUUGAAGGAAUACUUGUAUUAUACGGUCUGAUCGACCGUCAUUGAUUUUGAUUAGAAUCAAUCUAAUGGGUGAGAAGUGGUUCAUGCGGUACGCGCAACGAGCUCAAGGAACGAACAAUGUGAAUAAAGAACAAAGACAA